UCAAGCUUGGCGCUAAAAGGUUUCAAAUCAAGCGAAGGCGAAUUCAUACAUCUCGAAGAUGGCGUCGGCGUCAGAAAUGGUUGUAGCAGCGUUUCUGUGCACGCUUGCUGUUGUCCUCUCUAUCCUUGCCUGCGUGAUCACAACGGAUUCUGGCAUCUCAGCGAAUUGGUGGCCCAUGUUUGUGGUGGCAACCUACGCCAUAGCACCAUUUCCUUUGGUGCUUUUCAGCAAGGGAAGUGACGGAGGAAUGGCAACUUACUGGGCAUUUUUCACUACUGGUUGGAUAACCACUGCAAGCUUCGGUAUUCCAGCUAUCCUCGCCCACAGCAAAAUCAUCGCACUUGGGAACUGUUUUUUGAGCAUUGCGGCAUCCCUUGUUUUCUACGGUUCUGCAGUUGGAGUCCAAUGGUAUCAGGCCCGGAAAGAAUCAUCUUUCUCUUUUUAAAAAGUUUGACGCAUUCCCUUCAUCGCAUCUGAGUCGUAUGCAUGAUGAAAGUCCAUGCUCCCUGUAUGUAUAAUGUAACGCUGUUACUCCAGUUAUUUGAGUAUGGAGAUAUUGAAUUAAGGAGUUAAAGAAUAUGGUAUCCUC